GGCACCGGCGGGGCCGGCAGCGGGGUCAGCACCGGCACCGGAAUCAACACCGGCCCCGGGGGUCCCAGCCAUGCUCAGCCGGCUGGGAGCGCUGCUGCAGCAGGCGGUGGAGACGCGGGAGCCCAGCGUGGACCUGCUGGAAUCCUUCAUCGAGCACUGGAGGGGCAUCACCGGCUACUACCUGGAGACCACGGACGAGCGCGUCCCCGCUGGCCAGACCGAGAUCCCGUGGCGGCUGCGGCAGCUCCUGGACAUCCUGGUGUUCGAGGAGCGGCAGCGGCCGCCGGGGGACACGGGGCCGUGCCUGGAGUACCUGCUGCAGCACAAACUGCUGGAAACGCUGGGGACCCUGGCCAGGGCCGAGUACCCCAUCGGGAUGAGGCAGCAGGUCCUGCUCUUCUUCAGCCGCGCUCUGGGGCAGCUGCAGCAGCCGCUGCUGCACUACCUGAGCGUGCACAGACCCGUGCAGAAGCUGCUCCAGCUCAGCGGGGACCGCCUGGGCUGCGACACGGAGAAGGAGGAGGCGCAGUUGGCUGCGGUGCUCUGCUCCAAAAUCCAGCAGGAUCCCGGGCUGCUGCCCUAUAUCCUGGAGGGUAAGAACAUCCUGAACGGGAGGAGAGCCCCGGGCAGCCCCAGGGAUGAGGGUUUGGAGCAUCCCCCGGGCAGCGCUGCCACCUCCCCGGCCCGCAGGGACAGCAACCUCGUCACCUGCCUGCUGGGGCUGUGCCGCAGCAAGAAGAGGCGGGUGGCGCUGAAGGCUCGGGAGAACGUGCUGCUGCUGGCGGGGCUGUCGCAGGAGGCGGCUGUCACCUGCCUGGUGCGGGGCAACGCCCUGUGCCAGCUGCUCACGGGACACCUCUGUGACCUCUACAGCGCCGUGCCCGCCGGCACCGACCCCGCCGAUGUGCUCGCCAUGGACAGGGCCAGCUGGAGGUCGCAGGGGGAUGGUGCUGGGGAUGGGAAUUUCCCCGGGAAGGAGAGCCUGGCUGAGUUCCUGGGCUGGCUGGAUUUCCUGGAUGAGCUGGUGAUGGGCGCCCACCCGCUCGUGGCCGAUUCCAUCACCGAGGCCGUGGAGGAGAAGUUUUUCCAGGGAAUCCUGCAGCCGCAGCUCCUGCAGAUGUCGGAGCUGGCCGUGCUGGGCGCCACGGCCGUGCUGGCGGGGAUGGUGCGGCAGCUCCGCUCCCCUGCCCUGCUCCAGCGCCUCGUCCUCUUCCUGCUGGGACCCCAGCGACACCCCGAGACCCCCGGGGACACCCCCCACCCCCUGAGGGCACAGCUCAUCGAGCGCUGCGACCACCUGAGCGACGAGAUCAGCCUGGCCAGCCUGCGGCUCUUCGAGGAGCUCCUGAGGAAGCCCCACGAGCACGUGGCUCACAACCUGGUGCUGAGGAACCUGGAGGCCAGGGCUUACCUGCAGCGCGGCCCCGAGGAGCGCGGGGCCCCCGAGACCGACCCCGAGGAGGAUGGGCUGGACCUGGAGGAGGAUCCCUAUUUCACCGACGGAUUCCCAGACGAUUUUGGGAGCACCAAAAAUCCUUCCCCGGCAUCACCCCCGGCGGGGAAGGGGCGAGCGAGCGAGGUGGUCAGCAGCUUCCUCUGCCUGGUCCCUGAGGAAGCCAAAACCUCCUCGUGCAUGGAGGAGGGCGGCUACGACACCUACGUGCAGGACGCCCUGGCGAUGGUCCAGGCGUGUCGGGCCAGCUCAGCCCCGUGGGGGUGGCCCUCGUCCCCACGGCCCCUGGACUCGUGUCACCCCGGAGUGGCUUUUUACGAGGGACAUUUCCUCAAGGUGCUGUUUGACAGGAUGAGCCGGAUCCUGGAUCAGCCCUACAGCCUGAACCUGCAGGUGACCUCGGUGCUGUCCCACCUGGCUGCCUUCCCCCACCCCCACCUCCACGAGUACCUGCUGGACCCCUACCUCAGCCUGGCCCCCGGCUGCCGCUCGCUCUUCUCCGUCCUGGUCCGGGUGAUCGGGGACCUGAUGCAGCGGCUCCAGCGCGUUCCCCACGCCAGGGCCAAGCUGCUCCUGGUGCGCCGGCAGCUCCUGGGGCUGGAGCCGGGAGAGCAGAUGGAUCACACGGUGCUGUUCAAGGGCGUGGUGGUGCUGGAGGAGUUCUGCAAGGAGCUGGCUGCCAUCGCCCUGGUCAAGGGGCCACCGGAGGGGCCACCCUGAGCCCCUCCCUGAGCUCCCCAUCUUCAGCCAGGCUCUGGUGGCCACUGGAGAUGGUUCUGGUGGCGCUGCAAUAGCCAGGAGUGGCCGUGGCACCGCGGGAAGGAGCUGGCAGGAGGAUGAGGAGGGGCCGAGUCCUUCGUUGUCACCUCGGCCAGCCCCGAGGUGUCGCCGCGUCCCCUUGCUGGGUGUGGAGCCCUGGGUGCUGUGGCUCCUCCUGGGUGCUGUGGCUCCUCCUGGGUGCUGUGGCUCCUCCUGGGUGGUGGUUCCUGCUCCCCCCGCGCUGUCGGAGCUGCCCCGGGCCCCCCAAGGCUCCGGCAGGGAAUUUUUAGGCAAUAAUGGGGUGUGUGGGGCAGUGCCCCCCUCUCCCCACUCAGCAAGGACUCGGUUGUCCCCUGCCCUCGCUGUGGCAGGGGGAGUGUGACACGUGUGACACGUGUGUGUGUGACAUGUCUGUGUGUGUGACAUGCUGUGUGUGAUCUGGUGGGGGACUGUCCCCCCCAGACCCCGCAUUGCCCCUCCCCAGGGUGAUGGGACUCUGCUCCAAUAAAGCUGUGACUCAGCACCAC